UCAUCGUCAUCAGUUCGCUUUUUGAACAAAUUUCAGAUUUAGUGUUGUUUUAGAAAAUCUUUGAAUUAAUUAUAAUUUUUAUUCAUAUAGUACUAUUCAAGUACUACUACAAUGACUACUCUCAACGAAUCAUUGGUUCUAGCUAUGGAGCGAUCUAACAAUAAGGAAGGUUACGUGAUCGGAACCGAGACACUUUUGCGACUGCUGGACAACAUCAUCAGGGAACCACAGAAUGCUAAAUAUCGCACGGUUCGGCUGGAAAAUAAAACGAUUAAGGAGAAACUAAUGGCAGUGGAUGGAAUGCGGGAUCUAAUGCUUGAAAUUGGUUACGUGGAAGCCAAUGGCACCCUCACACUGCCAGCAACAGUAGUUAUUGCAAAGCUACGCAAGUACCGAGAUUUUAUCUGCGAACGAAAGGAGCUUAUAAAAAAUCCCCCUUCAACUUCGGCAGUAACGUUCGCACCGACUACAACAAAAGUCUUACCUCAACUGGAGAUAGAAAAAACUAAUUCAAAACCGGUGAUACGGGCUGGAAAAUCAUUCCGUAAAAGAAUAGCUUUUCCAAAGGUAAUAAGUUCCAACAAUGGACUGCUUCAACAGCUAGAGGUUCUAUCGGAUCAGGUCAUGCAAUACGACGAUGACGAACUGCUGCAGAGCGGAAGAGAUAUAAUUCCUCUGGAGAUGCUUCGGAUAAGGGCUAAGGAAAAGUUACGACGGGUACAGAAAAUGAUAAAAUCGGGAACGUUUGACGACGAAGAGCCCUUGAUGGAGGAUUUGAUACUUGAGGAACUGGUUAGCUGGUUUAAAUCGGACUUUUUUCGCUGGAUAAAUGCGAUGCCAUGUUCUACUUGUGGCAACGAAAAGACUGAGCUGGUAGAUAAUCUUUUACAGGAUGGCGUAAGAGUUGAAGUUUACAAAUGCUGCAACCAGUUGAGAAGGUUCUUCCGUUAUAACGACGUAGAGAAGCUACUGCACACUCGCUGUGGACGCUGCGGAGAGUGGGCAAACUGUUUUACAUUCCUCUGCCGGGCUUUGGGUUACGAAGCUCGGUUUGUUUUUUCAACUGGUGAUCACGUUUGGACCGAGGUAUAUUCCGCUCGGAAACGCCGUUGGAUUCACGUGGACCCAUGUGAAAACGCUAUCGAUUCGCCGUUGAUGUAUGAACACGGUUGGAAAAAGGAAAUAUGCUAUGUGUUUGCGUUUUCCCAUGAGGACAUCCAGGAUGUUACCUGGAGAUAUUCGAACGAGCACAAUAAGGUACAGAUGAGAAGAGUGAGUUGUACGGAGAAGGAACUGCUGGAGGCGAUAUUGAAGCUGCGGGCAAAGAGAAGGGAGAAUGUUUCAGAAGCAAGGCUGAAAUAUUUGCGAAAGAGAACUUUGGAUGAAUGUCUGCAGCUUUUGAAUACGCGAGUACCGACGCAGGCCGAGCUUGAGGGAAGAAGUUCGGGUAGCUUGGAAUGGAGGCUCCAACGUGGGGAGAGAAAGCUGAAUGUUUUUUAUAUAUUUAUUCCGAAUGAGCAGGAAAUUCGGUCUGAACAGUUCAAUUUGCGGUAUUCUUGUUCGAAAGACAUCUACGAGCGGUUUCUCAAGAACCCAGCGGGAGACGUUAUACUCGAGAGUUCCAAAAGUUGGCAAAGCAGACAGUAUACUAGCGAGAAUAUAUUCCGAAAAGAGGAACACGACUGGAAAAUGGUCUAUCUUGCAAGGCAGGAGGGAACAGAGCAGGCGUCGAUUAGUUGGAAGUUUGAUUUCUCCAUUCAAGGAUUAGUAGUUAAGGAUAUUCGACUUACAUUCCGGACACAAACGUACGAAGAGGCCUCUAUUCAAGUAGCUUAUGUGAAGGAUGACGGAACACCACUGCCUUCGAUUCGCAGCCUCAUCGGAUUAGGUAAGUUUACGAUACAAGCGAAACUUAUCGGAGGCAAAAUGUGGCAACAUUCGCAAAUUUUCCGUCAAGGUAAAUACGACGAAGAUUAUCCAUUCGAAUUGAAUGUACAGUUUUUACGAUCGACGUAAUUUUCUGAACGAAGAACUCACGGGCUAACGUUCUAGAGUUAAUUAGUCAAACCAAGGAUAAUUGAGGGUACUGGAAGAGCAAUCAGUGUUAAAAUACGUAGUAUAUAGAAAUCGUAAUUUUAUUACCAUUCGGCUUUUUCUAGUCAGCUUUGAUACUUGCAAUAAUAUCGUUGAAUCGUAUACAAUAUAAAAUGUCUUAUUA